UUUUUUCGUUGUCUUACUCGAUUUCUAUUAACUGCUCAUUAUUAUAAUACUUUUAAUACUCGUUUCCCUUGGCAGCCCGAGUUCACUUGUAUUCUUGAUGGCACUGUCAACCCGGUUGUUCUGACUAACGUCUACUCCCAACACAAGCAACUUCUACAGAAGACCACAGAACAGUUCGCUGAUCCGACUGUCUCAUCAUCGCCUUGCCCCUCUUCGGUCGCCUCAUCUGCCUCUCCUAACUCAUUGAGCCAUAUGUGUCCUCACCAGCUUCCUACUGCAAAUUUAAAUGGCCAGCCAGGACAGCGGGUACUCAUUGCACCGUGUAUCCCAGCCCCCGAGGCUGCAGCGCUUGGUUCGGCCGCUUUGCAAUGUGACUCUACAUCUCAGGCCUCUCAGGAAAAUUGUACUUAUUUAGAGGAUCCAAUAGCAAAAAGGGAAAUAGAGUGCGAAAUGGCAUCCGAGACUUGUUUGGUUAAGCAAGGCCUUGUCGGCUUUCGUGUCUCAGCUGGUUCUGAUCUCCUGCCAAUCGAAAAAUCAGCACCCCAAACUCUCAACAAGGAAGUCGUUGAUGCUCAAGAGGAAGAUGAACUGGAAGAGGAAAUAGAAGAGGAAGAGGAGGAGGAAGGAGAUUAUUACGAAGAUGAGGAACAGGGAGAGGUAGAAGGGGAAUGCAUAGGGCUUGAGGUGACAGAUGACGAUGGCUACUAUGAGGUGCCUGAUCCGGCCAUAGCAACAGGAUUGGGGCAUGCAAGUCGGCCUAAGAAGAGCGUCAGUUUCUCGGAGCAACUGAAGGCAGCUCAGCUAGCAGCCGUUGCCACGUCUACUUUGCCCCUUGGUGUUGACCGUGAUACUGCGGAGGUAGAUGGCGAUGCCUUUCAAAGUGAUAAGGACGCUGAUUCAGCAGAGUCUGAUGAGCCCUGUUCAUCCCCUUCUGUAGGACUGCCGCGGCAGCCAUCGCUCGAUUUCAAGGGUCAGUGGAGUUCUUAUUUCAUAUACAUUUUUCUGAGUGCCUAA